CCAGGAUGGCCUCCAAACUGAAGGAACGGAAAAGGAUCCCGGUUUCCCACAAAGUGAUCGAAAAAAGGAGGCGGGACCGGAUCAACCGAUGUCUUAAUGAACUGGGGAAGACGGUGCCCAUGGCCUUGGCUAAACAGAGUUCCGGCAAGUUAGAGAAAGCUGAGAUCCUGGAGAUGACCGUCCAGUACCUGCGAGCCCUUCAUUCCGCAGAUUUCCCUCGCGGGAGAGAAAAGGAGCUGUUAGCUGAAUUUGCCAACUACUUUCACUAUGGUUACCAUGAGUGCAUGAAGAACCUUGUUCACUACCUGACCACAGUUGAACGGAUGGAGACCAAAGAUACCAAGUAUGCGCGGAUCCUGGCUUUCUUGCAGUCCAAAGCUCAUCUUGUCACUGAACCUGUCUUUACCUCCCUGGGAUCUCUCCCAGAGCCAGACUUCUCCUACCCGCUUCCACCCGCACUAGACUGCUUGGGUCACAGCAACAAUGACUCUGUUUUCCAGCAGGGCUCUGGCCAAGGGCCCUUCUCCUGGCACAGCUCUGCGAGGAGCCCCCCUAUUCCUUACCUUCCAAAUACUGCCAUGCCACUUGCUAGCCCUGGACAGCAGCGCAGCACUUUCCUGUCAUCAGUACAAGGUCUGGACCGCCACUACCUCAACCUGAUUGGCCAUCCUCACCCCAAUGCAUUCACCCUGCCAGCUGGGCAGCAUCCAUCUGUGCUAUAGCCUGCAUCUGGGAUUGCCAACACAUUAUCCAAAGAGGGUUCCUGUGCCUUUAAUAGAUGCACAGAGAAGUAUAUGGCAUUUGCUUUCCAAAUGCUGCAGUGUCAAAAGAAGCCAUACCACCAAACUUCUCCCUGCCAUGUAGAUCUUAAAGGCACAGGUGACCUUACAAAGCCUGGUGGUACUAACCUCACUGGUAUGUUGCAUAUUUAUAUGAUGCCAAGUACACUAGUCUGAACUUCAGAGCCCUGUCAACAAAUGUAAAUAGAUAUGCAAGUAACGAUGGAAUAAAAGGGGUGAAAUAAA